AGGAUCUCUCUCAUGUCCUUGUGUAAACGGGCUUCAGACACAAUCUCGACUCAUCACUAUACUGCAGAUCUGAAUUCGUACGCAAGCAGCCUCAAACUGGUCAGCUCAAAACAUCGCCCAUCUCAACACCGCGGAAGACCUAGAUUGAACAGCUUCACGUCAUUCCACUCUGUUGAACCGCUCAAUUCCGCCUCUGCAACCGAGCCUCGUCAUCAUACCAUACCCUUUUGUUUCGCUUUGGUCAGUGCUCCAUCUCCCGUUAGCGACUUGUGAUCAGAAUCACACACCCUCCAAAUCCGGCCAGCUGCUAUAAGCAAGGCUUAUCAUUGCUUGCUUCGAACCAGUAACAUCAUAACCAUGUCUUCUCAACCCAUUUCUGUCCCUGGAUCAUCCCCCUCAACGCCGUUAGACCCUUCCAAAUUGAAUCAGACACCCGUCACUCUCCCAUCUGAACCUCGAUCCAGUAAUGCCAAUACACAAACCCUUCGAUCGCCCGAACAGGAACCAUCUGCAUACCUCGAUGGCGCAUCAGGCCACGGAAGUGAACAAGCUUCCCACCCGACGAUUGCAGAGACUGGACUCGCUACGUCUUUACCGGACGAUGGGAGCGGUAUGAGCGGACCGGGACCCAAAAGUGGUCAAUUGAAACGUGUGCCCGGGGGCGAGAAACCUGAACAAGAGGUUAUUUCGCUAGGAAGCUUUGGAGGGGACGGAUUGAAAGCGAAGCCUCCUCCACCUGUGGGCGUACAGCCAAAGAGCCCAGAGAUCGCUACUUUCGAUGUGGUUGGAUAGAGUCGUACGGUGUCGUACAUUCUGCGACGAGAAGAAUCAGUGUAUUUAAAAGGAUCUGUUGGCAAUGGCUUCAGAAGACCACGACACGGCUGGUGGAUCGAGACCGUACGAAAGGUUUGUAGAGGAUCUCUCCAGGUCCGCAAUGUACAUGAUUUAUUCACAUGCGCAA